CUGGUUUCUCCUCGAUAAAAAACGUGCAUAGCUCGUCACUGUCAUAGUGUCACCGUGUGCUGCUUCAUUUUGAAUUGGAUUUUGGAACUUAAACACCGAGUUCAGUCUCGGAUGAGAAGGGCGGGAAAAGAGAGGGAGGGAUGGAGGAGCGAGUAGAAACCCUUCAAUCCUCGGAACGACCUCUUGAUUUCGAGACUUUCCGUAGUCGAGUUAGAGAGCUCUCAAAUUACAGACGUUCGGAUGAUUUCUCUGAAACAUCUCCGUUGGACUCCGAGAAAUUACUAGAAGAAUGUGUUAUCCAUCUCGAGAGCAAAAUCAAGCAAAUUACGUCAGAGUUUUCGGAUUUGAGCUGCUUAGGGCCAGAUGAUUUGGAGGCGUAUUUGGAACACAUGAAAGAGAAACUAAAGAUGGUCGAGGCUGAAAAUGUGAAAAUAUCUGAAGAAAUUGAGGAUCUCACAAGAACUUAUAUGGAAGAUUCUGCUCGAUUUGAGAGUGAUCUUGAAGGUUUGAAUGAUUCAUUGGAGGUCAUUGAGUCGCAGGGCAUCGACAAACUACAUACGGGUGCAUGUGGUGAAAUCUCCAUAUCUGAAGAAUACCAAGAGUGCUUGAAAAGUGCACAUGAAAACUGUAACUUUGAGAUUUUGGAACUUGAUCAUCAGAUUGAGAAGAGCAAAGUUACUUUAAGUUCUUUGAAGGAUCUUGAUUAUAUUUUUAGAAGGGUUGAAGCUAUUGAACAAAUUGAGGAUGCAUUGACAGGAGUAAAAGUCAUUGAAUUUGAAGGGAACUGUAUUAGGUUGUCAAUUAGGAUAUUUCUUCCAGCUACUGAGGUUUUAAGGUGCCAACAAAAGGUGGAAGAUAUCACUGAGCCAUCUGUGCUGGAUCAUGAAUUGUUAAUAGAGGUUAUGGAUGGGAGCAUGGAGCUAAAGAAUGUAGAGAUUUUUCCAAGUGAUGUAUUCAUAGGCGAGAUUGUUGAUGCUGCAAAAUCUUUUUGGGAGUUCUUUCCAUCAUUAUCAACUCCAAAGUUAAGAUCUUCCUUGGAGUGGUUUGUAAGAAAAGUGCAGGAUAGAAUUCUUUUAUGCACUCUAAGGCAGUCACUAGUGAAGGUUGCAAACAAAUCAAGACACUCUUUUGAAUAUUCGGACCGUGAUGAGACUAUAACAGCUCAUAUGGUUGGGGGAAUUGAUGCUUUCAUCAAGGUAUCUCAAGGCUGGCCAGUAACAAAUUCUGCUUUAAAGCUUAUGUCUCUCAAGAGCUCAGAAAAUCAUUCGAAGGAAAUUUCGUUACGCUUUCUUUGUAAGGUUGAGGAACUGGUGAACUCCUUGAAUGUACAAACACGGCAGAAUCUUUCAAGUUUUGUGGACAACAUUGAAGAGAUAAUUGCUCAACAAAUGCGUUCAGAACCUCAGUAAAUAUUUGUACACAUUCUGUUACCAACUUAUAUUAUGUCAUAUAAUAAGCAAGUCAAAUUUCCCCCUUUGAUCUCCUUCUGCAAAAAUGAAAAAAAAAUGUUUACAGAAAAUACUAGGUAGCUUUGGCAUUCUCAAUGAGAAUGUCUUUCAUGUAAUUCUUUGCAAACCGAAAGUAUGUGAGAGCUUAAAUGCCCUUUUGUCAUUAUACAUGAUUAUUGAUCCCUCCUGUAGAACCUUUUAUCUUUUUCCUUAUGGCCUGUCAGAACUACAACCCUAAAAUGUCAGAUGCAGAACAAUAAGUUUCUUCUUUCUA